CAAUUUUGCUAUUUACAGUACGUUAUUCACUGUUCCCCCACCGUCGCCACCCAAGUUGGCAGACGACGGCUGGAAUACCAACACAGCACUGUAGUACCUCCCCCCAUGAAACAAGAAGACCUGGACUUGACGAAGCUGUUGAGCGUUGCGUCGCUCGCGGUUGCUUCCGCCGAAGAAAAUCUGGAUUUCGUUCAGGCGCAUUUGGUCGUCGAUUGUGGUUGCGAGUUGGGAGAAGGCGUAAUUUUCGACGACCAAUCUCACACAGUCUUGUGGACCGACAUUAAUGGCAAACGAUAUCACGAAUUGCAUUUGAAUUAUCUAGAUCCCACCAAAGCUCAAUUUUCUACCUACAACGUGCCCAAGAAACUGUGUUCGUUCGGGAUGGUGGCGGACUCGAGCCCACCGUCAUCCGACACAGACACGCGGGUGGGACGGAAGUUGCUGUGUGCCUGGGAAGAUGGUUUUCAGCUCUACGAUAUCCACAACGGCAAGGCUCUGUCCGAAUACAGUACUGGCGAAGAUGUGAAUCCUGACAAGGGACCGACGCGCUUGAAUGACGGCCGCGUGGAUCCAUCUGGAAAUCGUUUUGUCUGUGGAGGCUACUACGGGGAAAUUGAGGGGCAGACAAUGAAGGUCUUCAAGGUAGAACAGAAAAAUGUAAAGAAACUGUACCACGAAGCGAUUGUGGACACUAUCGAGGUCACCAACAGCAUCAAUUGGACUUUGGAUGGGAAAACCAUGUACUUGGCGAAUUCUCCGACACGCGCCAUCUGCACCUACACAUACCACAAAAAUGGGACCGUGACAGACCGCAAGGAGUUUCACAAAAAGCCUGAUGGGGAAAAGGGCGUACCGGAUGGGAGUUGCGUUGAUUCGGAAGGAUACCUCUGGAAUGCUGUUUGGAGAAGUGGACAUGGGCCUGGCAUGGUGCAGCGUAUCAAUCCUGAUACUGGUCUUGUUGUAUUUACGGUGCACAUGCCGGAUGCGACGUCGCAAGUUACUUGUUGCUGCUUCGGAGGCGUCGACAUGGAUAUUUUGUUCAUUACGAGUGCGGCGGAGCAUCUCGAUCUAGCUAAAGAGCCCCACGCCGGAGGCCUUUACGCGGCGAAAGUCCCUUACAAAGGUCGCAAGGAAUCGAGGUUUCGUUUGACGCCUGACGGUUAAAACGUUGGCUCCCUGGUGACCUCCUUAUUUUUCCCAAUUUCAAAGGGAGAUCCCUGUUAGUUCACUCAAACUAGCCAAUUCGCAUCUACAAUGUUUUGGGCGUCGCAAUUUUCUAGAAGCAGAAAAUGGUGAGGUCGGUGCCCAGAUCCGUACAUAUCUACCUUGUUGGACGGAUGCAACUUCCUGCAGAGGGUUCCAACACAAAAAAGUUCCUAGUGUAAGAGCAACACACAAGUUCCAGUGUUCGCGACGUCUAACUGUGAUUCUAACCGUAACAAAGUUAACAGUAAAGUCGCCUUCCCAGUCCUCUUGGAUUUUCAGCUGGGACACUCUCAGCAAAUCGAUAUCAUCCUAACUGUAAAACCAAAAAUUUCCGGUUG